AGAUAUAUGUUAGAUGGCUCGCGUAGGAAAGCUGCGGCGUAUGCUGGAGGUCUCGUACUUGAUCCGAAGAAAGGUUUCUAUGACAAGCUGGGACUGCUGAUGGACUUCAAUUUCUGGUAUUAUACAAGAUGUAUUAAUCCGAGUAUUAUACAAGAGUACAAUUUGUGUUUUACCACCGUGCCCGGUGCGGCGUAUGCUGACGCCGAGCAAUUAAAUAUUCUCGAGUUAAAUCUGGAGUCAGGUAUGAUCCCAACGGAGAGUCACAAAUUAGUCAAAAGCAGACAGCAGAUCAAGCAACUCAUGAAAGCGCCGAAUCUAUUGCCGAAACAGAAAAUGGAUUAUCAUAUCAGGCAAAUGGCGUUGAACCUCACAACCAAUUCCAUGUAUGGAUGCUUGGGGGCGAUGUAUUGUCGAUUUUACGCUAAAGGUCUCGCCGCUCUGAUAACAGGGCUUUAGCCUAGGAGGAGGACGAGGAUAAAGCGAAGAGGAAAGAGCAACGUAAAGAACGCAAAGAAAAAGAACGAGA